AUGGUUUCCAAGACCCUCCUCUUCGCUCUCGCAGCCGCUCCCCUGGUCGCCGCCCACGGCAAGCCUGUCGUUCUGACUGGCAACCUCGGCGGCAACGGCACUGCUCUGGCCAACCAGGGCGGCGUUGUUCCUCUCACCGGCCCCAACAGGAAGACUGAAGUCGACACCACUGUCUUCAAGAGCAAGAACAUCAUGACCGACGGUCUCGGCCGCACCACCGGCAACGGCAAGGUCCAGGUUGCCGACAUCGACGCCGCCAACGCCAUGUCCGGCGGCACCCUUCCCCAGGUCUCCUCCACCGGCGGCAGCAUCUCCGGAACCUUCCACGUCGUCACCACCGACGGUGCCGGCCCUCUCCGCGCUGUCCUCGACCCCACCGGCACCGGCUCCUUCGCCAACGGCGUCGAGCUCACCGCCACCCAGAACGUUCCCGGCAACAACGGAAACAUUAGGCCCAACGGCCAGGUCCCCGGCCAGAAGAACGCCCGUGACCUCUUCGAGCGUGCCAUCUACAAGCGUGCUGCCAACGUCAACAAGGACUUCCCCAUGGCCUUCUCCGUCCCCGACGGCACCCAGUGCACGGGUACCUCCGGCAACCUGCAGAACGUCUGCUUGGUCAAGAUCGCCAACAACAACGGCGCCGGCCCCUUCGGUGGCGUCAUGGCCAUCCAGAUCCCUCCCGCUGGCGCUGCUGCCGCCGCUCCUGCUGCCAAGCGCGAGGUUGACUUCGAGGCUUAA